UCACACUUGAUGACACUAUAUUCGUCUCUCUCUCUCUCUCUCUCUCUCUACUAUCUGUCAGUUUCAGUUUCUCUCUCUGUGUAUUUGACACGAUGCACAGACAAUCUCUAGGCUCACCUUCUUCCAAGCUCCAUCUCCAUCUUCAUGCCGUCGUCAACGAAGAAACUCUCAUCGCCGACGAACCACCGAAACCUCACCGUCUAUCUUCGUCACCUCCUACACCGCACAAGUUCAUUCACCUCAUUCCGAUUCUAACUCUUCUUUGCUUCUUCGUUCUCUACCUCUUCUCUCACACUCCCUCGCCUUCAGACCUAAAUCAUUUCACUGGAUUCAAUCAUCAUUUAGCGGCGGAGAUUAGUGGUGAGAUUGGAGUACAUUACGCUGAUGCGAAAAGAAGCGAUGUGUUGGCGAUUCGAAGUUUGCAACAGAUACCGAAAUCUCGUCUUCAUAGAAAACUCGCAGAUUUUUAAGCAAACUCUUCACACGUGUGGGUGUUACUUUCUUUUUUUUUUAUUUUUUUUAUUUCAUCUUUACCCUUCCAUUCUAUAUAUUUUUGCUCCUGUUGUAUUUGUACUGUAAAUCUGAAAUUGUUUUAGGUUUUGUGUUUGAUUAGGAAGAAAAAAGGAGAAUAAAAUAAAAUCGAUUUCAUGAAUCAUCUCAUAUA